ACGUCAAGAAAUGUUGACAUGCAGAUAUAACCGUAAAAGAGAAACCGAAAAUCUUCGAGCACUCGCAGAGACGCGUAUAGCGGAUCAGAAACGGAGACAUGGAGCAAUUCAUGAAAUCCAGAUCAUCUUUAUUAAACUUACAACUGCACCGAGAUACGAAGAAUACUUUAAAAAUAGUUCUGCUUUUACUACUCUUGAACGAUGCAUUUGGUGUCGAGACAUAUAAAAUCAAAGAAGUUUCAGUGAAAGAGGGAGAAGAUGUUGCUCUGCGUACUGGUGAGACUGAAAUACAGAGAGAAGACGACAUACAGUGGAUGUUUGGAGAUGAAGGCGAUGUCAUAGCUGAAUUCAAUAUAAUGAUUAAAUUCUUUGAAACAUAUGAUGGUGAUGAUGGGAGAUUUGGUGACAGACUGGAGCUGGAUCGUCAGACUGGAUCUCUCAUUAUCAGAGACAGCAGAACCACAGACUCUGGAGUCUAUACAGUGCAGAUUGUCAACAAAGGAGCAGCCAUUUACAAGAAAUUCUACGUCACUGUUAGUGAUGCAUUUGGUGCCAAGACACAACAAAUCAAAACAGUUUCAGUGAAAGCAGGAGAAAGUGUUGAUCUGCUUUAUGAAAAUAAAAUCAUCCCAAAGUCUCUACAGAGAGAUGAUGAAGUACUGUGGAUAUUUGGAAAGGAGCGCAUGCUAUUAGGUGAAAUCAAAACAAAGCACAAAAUCUUCGAAACAUAUGCCGGCAAUGAUGGGAAAUUUAAGGAUAGACUGGAGCUGGAUCGUCAGACUGGAUCUCUCAUUAUCAGAGACAGCAGAACCACACUCUGGAGUUUAUACAAUGCAGAAAAUCAACAAAGGAGCAGCCAUAUACAAGAAAUUCCAUGUCACUGUCAGAGCAGCAUGAUGGUGGUGGACACUGUAGACUAG